AUGUCCUGGGCGGCGAGACUGCUCCGCCUGUCGAGCCCGCGACUCGGCCUGCUGAACCUGUGCAGGGGUGACAAGCUCGGCGCUGCCAAAGAGAAGGUGACCCUCAAGCAGUUCUUCGACUCGGAGUACUUCUGGACGAAGGCGAACGUCGGACCCUUUUUCCUCUUCCUGUUCACAUCCCCGUUCUGGUAUCAAGGAAUCAAGACAAUGUACGCCUCCUGCCGCUACCGAAAGCUGAAUGAGAGAGAAAUCAUCUCCGAUCGCUACACUUGGCUGCACGAACGCAUGCUGGAGGAUGAGGUCGAGCGCACCCUGCUCCAGCACGUCCCCGCCGGAGGUUUCGACAAGACUCGGCCUGGAUUGAUUCUGGGACCGUCGAUCCUGUAG